AUGGCUGUCGAUUUGACGUCAGACAUUAGGGUUCUGGUGGGAGUGCGCGACGACCAGCAUUGCCGGCAGGCGUUAGAAUGGACGAUCAGCGAGUUCAGCCGCCGGCAAGACAAAACCGUCUGCCUCUUGCUCACGCACGUCGUCACCGAGCUCCGCAACUCAGCGGGGAAGCUGGUGCGGCUGAGCGAGGCGGACGGGCCCAGCGUGGCGGUGCACAUCUGCGACCGCGUGCUGCCGUUCCUGGAGGCCAUGCAGGACGUCAGCGACGAGGCUGGGCUACCUUCCACGGUGCACGUGAUCAAGAACGAGGACACGGGAGCAGCCAUUCUCGAGGCAGCGUCGAAGCUGGAGGCAACUCACAUGGUGCUCGCUUCCUCUGCCGGCAAGGGCGCCAGCCAGUGGCACACAAUCAACGCGUGUUCAGAUGAGACAAAGCUGCCACCCGGAGCAACGCUCUUCAUUAUAGAAGAUGGCAAGAAGCUCAAAUCCAUCUCCUCGGGACAGCCGCCCGCUCCCACCACGGCGGGCACAGCAGGGUAUGCCACGCCAGCGCAGGAUUUCAAGCAGUACACACUUGAAGAGCUGCAAGCGGCUAUGGACCAUUUCUGGCCGAACAACGUGUGUGGCGAGGGCAGCUACGGCGUGGUGUACAAGGGAUGGCUGGACGGGCAGGCCGUGGCGAUUAAGCAACUGAAGAACCCUGACGCUAAAGCAGCUCUUGAUGAGAUUGAGAGAGAGGUGGAGGUGCAGAAGCGGAUUGAUCAUCCCAAUGCUGUCAGAUUGCUGGGCUAUUGCACGGAGGACCGCGCACUGGUCUACGAGUUCCUCUCCAACGGCUCUCUGGAGGAUCGCAUGCUCUGCGUCGGCGGCACUCCGCCUCUCAUGUGGCCCGAGCGCUGCCGCAUCGCCAUGGAGGUAGCAGCAGGCCUGCAGCACCUGCACACGCGCAAGCCCCCCAUCGUUCACCGGGACGUAAAACCCGCCAACGUGCUUCUAGACGACAACUUCACUGCCAAGCUCGGCGACGUGGGGCUAGCUCGCCUCAUGGGGGACCUCGCUCCCGGCCACUCCCACGUGGUGCGGAAAUCCGUUAUCGUCGGCACCGAACAUUACGUAGACCCUGAGUAUCUCUGCGCGAGACGAGGUUAUCUCGGGCCGAAAUCCGAUGUGUAUUCGUUCGGGAUCGUGCUGCUGCAGCUGCUGGUUGGGGAUGUUCCGAACCCACGGAGGAUCGAUGCUGCGGUGGAAAGGGAGGAGCUGGAGGUUCUGCUCGAUCCGAGGGCUGGCGAGUGGCCGCCGAACCUCGCGAUGGAUCUGGCGAAUCUUGGCCUUUGGUGCGCGGAAAUGGACCGCCGAGAUCGGCCGGAUCUGACAGAGGAGGUGAUCCCGGCUUUGUUGGAGAUUUGUGAGGCGGCGGCUGAAGCGGUGGUGGAGUGGGAGGGGAAGCAGGAGGCGGUGAGGGAGAGGCAGCGGCAGGAGCGGGAGCAGAAGGAGCGGGAGAGAGCGAGGAAGGAGGAGGAGGCGCGGAAAGGGAAGGAACGGCAGGAGGCGGGGGAAGCUGCGAGGAAGGAGCAGGGAGUGGGGGGUGGUGGUGCAAAGGGGAAGGCCGGGGAAGGGAAGACGGAUGCGAGUGAUGUGGGGAAGGACGAUGGUGCUGCGCAUGCGCAGGGUGGGUGCUGUGUGUUGUUGUGA